AUGGUAGGAAAUCUUAAGGAAGCAAAGAUUUUGAGGUGGGAAGAGCUUAAGGAGCUUCCCAUAACACACCUGCCUAUGAGUGCUGGGAUCAUGGCUGCCAUUAUAAUUGGGUCCCUUGCUGCCGGGUCCCUCUUCAUUGGGUGCAUUGCCCAUCUCCUGUUAACAAGAGACUGUAAGGGCCAGAGCCACAGGAUGACACCCACAGAGAAGCCGGAGGCACCCAGUCACAACGCUGGUGACCAGAACAUCUAUGAAGUGAUGCCAUCUCCGACCUUCCUGGUGUCUCCCCCCGGUGACACGGGGUCCACGAACACCUCCAUGGACCUGCUGAACCCCGACCCUGCCCGUUACUGCCAGCUCGUGCCAACCCCCUGAAGAGGUCCCAGGCCCUUGGAAGAGCAAAACACUCAGCCCUCCCCUGGGGGCCUGGUGCACCCAGAAAAGCCACACCAGAGACCCCACAGGACCAGCACAGCAGGGCCUCAAUAAGGUGGCCUUAAAUGAAGACUCAGCACAGCACUGGGCCGGGGCCAAGAGAUUGUGAUGGGCCCAGCACCUCUCUGACCCUCUGAGUAUAUAAUCCACCCUCAAGUCUGGUCCAUCCAGCAAGCUGGCCUGGGCCUCGUGCCUGGGAAAAGCAGGCUCUUGCCUUCUCCUAACCCAAAGUACCCCCAGACACGCACUGGAUAUUUGGGUGUGAGGAAAGCGGUCUCAGGCCUGCUUCAAGCCAUACUCACAGGCUCCUACUCGCUGGGCUUUUAACUGUCAGCCCACAGUGCCCCACCCCUGCUCCCUGUUUUCCCUUGGAGCCCUUCCCCUAGGGACAAGGCAGCUCCCUACCACACAGGCCCCAAAGGAUAAGGUGCAUGACAUGGGAGGCCCCCGACGACAGUCCUGGCCAGUGAGCACAGCUGCCAGAUCCCUUCCCUGCUCGAGAUUCAGUCUCUCAGAACCUGUCACCAAUUUCCACCUGUUGCUCCUGAUCCAGAAUCAUACCAAGGCCCUCAGGGCAGCAGAUCCCUUUCCUCCCCCCUCCCAACCUCCACCCAGUCCCAAAUGUGGACCCAAUCUGUCACCCUUAAUUUAUUCAUUCAUUCAGCAAUAAAUAAGCCAUGUGCUAUGCACGGUUCUGGAUCCUGCAGCUUUGGGAGGAAACAAAACAGACUGUGGCGGAGGCGAGAGUCAGCAAUCAGAGUAACUAACAUACGUGGUGUGCUGGAUGGUGAUAAGAGGAGGCGGGGGAAUGAAGAGAGAAGGGGAUUGGGAGCACGGAUGGACUGUGAUUUUAAAUAGGGAGGGCAGAGAAGGCCUUGCAGAGAAGGUGACGAUGAGCAAAGACCUAAACGAGGAGAAAGAGGAAGCCAUGUAGGGAUCUGAAGGGAGAGCAUUCCAGGUGAAGGAUACAGCAAGUGCAAAGGCCCUGAGGCAGGAGUAUGCCUUGCGGGGAGGGGUGAGUCAAGGAGCAGCAAAGAGGCCAGGGUGGUGGGAGCAGAGGAAGGAAGGAGGAA